UCUGUGUGUGCCAGAGGGUGGACUAAAAGAUAAGACGCGGUGACAAACAAGUGGAUCUUAAGGCCGAAGAUAAAUGAGAUAGCGCAGAAGGAAGGAAACGGAAGGUCCGCGCAGAAAGAAGCCAAAGGCGAGCAAAAUAGGCAAAAUAAAUGACUUAAGAACAGUGGAAAAGAAACGUGAGACGUGAGAACGACGAGAUGCUAAUCAACAAAGAGACCAUUCCGUACAGGAUGGGCCUGCAGCCCUUCUACUACUACCAGUCGUCGCCGCCGGUGAGCAGUGAGCGCCUGGUAGGGUACCACCACCCGAUAACGCCCCCGUACCACCACCCGUACGACUUCGUCCUGCCGAUGCAGUCCCCGACGACGACGCCGAGUGGCUCGAUGGCCGCGGCGGCCGUUGCAGCCGUUGCAUCCGCGGCCGGAGUUCCGCUGCCGCCGGGCGCCACUCGCCCCACAUCGCCUUCGCCAUCGGCCACCUCUUCACCGCUGUACUUUUACCUCGGAGGAGCCCACGGGACCAGCGGUGCUGGCCACGAUGGAAAGGAAGACAUUAGCUCGGUGCCGCUUUCACCACCGCAUACGCCGCCACUCCAGGAGCCGACCGGCGAGCCAUCGUUCGGUGCCACCGCACGGAACUCCGUCAUCAUGAAGGUCCACAACCAGCAGGUGGUGCCGGUGCAGCGCGGCGACGAUGCUGACACCAGCAGCAGCAGCGCCCUGUCGGAACCGGAAACGGUGGAGGAAUUCAUCUGUCGCUGGGAGAACUGUUACUGUGUGUUCUUCAAGCUGGAAGAUCUGGCCAGUCACGUAACGCAGAAGCACGCCGUCAUCGGGCUGGAUAGUUUGUACUACUGCCGCUGGGAGCGCUGCACGCGCCAGGACCGGGGUUUCAACGCGCGCUACAAGAUGCUGGUCCACGUGCGCACCCACACCAAGGAGAAGCCCCACCAGUGCGGCAAGUGCGGAAAGUGCUUCUCGCGGGCCGAGAACCUGAAGAUCCAUCUCCGUUCGCACUCGGGCGAAAAGCCCUACGUUUGCCCGGUCGAGGGCUGCAGCAAGGCCUACUCCAACUCGUCGGAUCGCUUCAAACACACGCGGACACACUCGAACGACAAGCCGUACGUGUGCAAGGUGGCGGGCUGCAACAAGCGCUACACCGAUCCUUCCUCGCUCCGGAAGCACGUCAAAACGUUCAAACACUCCGGGAACAACCGGGCGCACUUGCUGCCGGACGUGUGUCUGGAGUUUGAGAGCUUCUCGCAGGACAGCUCCAAGUCGUCCGGGUACCCGGCUGCAGCCGCCUCUGCCGCCAGCCGCAGUCCAGCCUACUCAGACUCGGACACCGACCCCGGGUUGCUGAUCGAUGUGGUCAACCUGGAGGGUGGUGGCGCCGGUGAGCAGCGAAUACUGUACGGGGACGAUUAUCCGCCCCGCUGCCACCGUCCGUCCGGUUCGUCCGGACGUCCGUGCGCGUAUCCGGACUGUAUGGCGCGGAAGGAGCGCGUGUACCGGGAUGCGUCCUACUGGAUCGUGGACUCGCUGUCCCGUGACACGUACGGGCGCGUGAGUGACUUGCGGAUGGGCAACGACGCCGACGGCGAUUCAAUCGAGGGCGAGUUCGAGGCGGAAGCCCCGGCAACGUGCCCGACUGAGUACCCGCCGUCGGUGGUGCUUCCGAAGGCGCUCGAAGACGACGAGCUGUGCCGUGCGAUACGGCAGCUCAAUGGACAGUCCCGGAAGUCCCGCGGAAGUCUCCGAAUGGACGUCGACGUCGUCGGUCCGCUUGAUCUCAGUAUACAUCACCGCUGA